CUAUUCCUUCUUUGUCAAUCCAUAAGCUUAACACCCAUUAAUGGCGGUAGAAUCAAGGGUCUAACUUGUUCUGCUGGAGAAGUAAAGGAGUUGCUCUGUUGCUGUACAGAUUUUUUCUCAUUCAUUAAGUUCAUACCGGAAUUCAGUAAACAGUUUCCUGCAGUUGCUGAAUGCGGGAAAUGGGUUUCGUUCGCAAUCCUAGAAGUGGAGAGUACUUGGAAGCAAUGCUCACAGAUUAUCCUGGUGGAAGGCCUAAAGCCAGAGUUCAAAGAAACAAUUCAUCUUCACGUCUUGUUACUGCUCUAACAUUCCUUCAAUUUGCUUUUGCAAUCUAUGCAACUUUCCUUCUAUACUACAUGAGUCCUACAAUUGAUUUACGCAGCAAACCAGAUUUAGCAUGGGCUACUAAGAUUGCGCAGCAAUGGAAACAGUACAUUAUUCCGCCGCACGUCUACGGGCGUUCCCAAGAGUCGCUUUCUAUCCUAGGUACCGAAAUCCAACCGAUAUCAGAGGUUUGCGAACACGAGAGUAUUGAUUUCGAGCAGAAGAAGUCGACUGAUGCAGUUAUGAUCAAGUUCAAGACUGAUCUUUAUAAAGAGGUACUGGAUUUCCAAAGCAGUACGGUCGGGACGGAGACGCUCACUGAGCUCCUGGCAAUGAACUCGAGAUGGAAACUGGGAGGACCCGAAGUCCCGAAAGUAACCGUAAUCUUGAAUCAUUUCAAGAGAAAAACUCUAUGUUCCCAACUCGAUUCGUUGCUUCAUCAGACACUUCCGUUCCACAACAUUUGGGUGCUCUCAUUUGGCAGCCCGAAUGAGCUCUCACUGAAGAGAAUCGUAGAAAGCUACAAUGAUUCUAGAAUCAGCUUCAUAAGUUCAAGCUAUGAUUUCAAGUACUACGGAAGGUUUCAAAUGGCGUUGCAAACGGAAUCCGAUCUUGUUUACAUUCUUGACGACGACAUGAUACCUGGCAAGAAGAUGUUGGAGAUAUUAUCUCAUGUCGCAGGGACGGAAAAGUAUAAGAAUUCAGUUUUAGGAAGUAUUGGGAGGAUUUUGCCAUUCAGGCAGAAGGAUUAUACAUUUCCCAGCUAUAGAAAGUUCCGGUCCAAGGAAGCAGGAAUUUAUUUGCCUGAUCCAGCAUAUGAAAUCACAGUCGACAAAAUCGUGCAAGUCGAUUUUCUAUCCAGCUCUUGGUUUUUAUCAGCUGAGCUUACUAAAACACUCUUCAUAGAGACACCCUUUACCUUCAUGACCGGUGAAGAUCUGCACCUCAGCUAUCAGCUGCAAAAGUAUAGAGACGCCGGUUCGUUUGUGCUUCCAGUUGACCCAAAUGACAAAGAAACUUGGGGUGAUAGUGAACACAGACUCGCGUAUGUGUCCGAGACGACCGUGAUUUUUAAAGACAUUAUUACGGUCCGAGACGAUCAAUGGUGGAAAGCUCUGUCAACAGGAUACAUGACUCAGUGGGCAGCUAUGCAUCCACAAAAAAUAGAUGCACUUUUUUAUGCGCAUUCGCUUGAUGAAGUGAAAGCUCUUUCACCUCUCCUGGAGAAGUUUAGGUCCACUGUUGGCAAGAAAGCUUAUAUUGCAGUUUCUGGAGGCAACUUCUGUCCCUGCGAAGAAGCUGCAGAAGCUUUGAAGUGGCCAAAGUCAGUUUGCAAAGAGAGGAGAUUCAAAAUUUUUGAUUUAGGCGUCGGAGCUCUUUCUGGAAUAUCGAAAUCUGAGGUUCCUGUUGUGCAAUCUGUAUACUCAAGCAUGAAAGGUUUGCUCAAAAUUCACAACCCGAGCGUUCUGAUCACAGUUGACGAUAUCGAUACAAAUGUCAGGAAAGCUCUGACAAUGGCAUCAGAAGCUAACUUAAACCAGUCAACAUUGGUUUUUCUACCACGAGCUUCUGUUUCUAAGGUGCUUUGGAUGCCCGAUUUACGAUCAACUGCACUUCCAAACUGGAACAGAAUGCAGCUGUCUAUAAACAUCAUCACCCAGAACCGUGCUUCGUCUCUGACAAGACUUCUUAAGUCUCUCAAGGACGCCUACUACGUCGGGGAUAAGAUUCCUAUAAGCUUCAACAUGGACAGCAAAGUGGAUGAGGAGACCAUAAAGCUUGUAAAUUCAUUUGAAUGGCCUCAUGGACCUAAAAUACUUCGCAGGAGAAUCAUCCAGGGAGGACUAAUCCGUGCAGUGAGCGAGAGCUGGUACCCAUCAUCUGACGAUGAUUUCGGUCUCUUACUGGAAGACGAUAUCGAAGUAUCUCCGUAUUACUACUUAUGGGUCAAAUACGCGCUCUUAGCAUAUCACUACGACCCUCAAGUAUCACUCCCGGAGCUUUCCUCCAUUUCUCUCUACACUCCACGGUUAGUCGAAGUGACGAAAGAGCGACCCAAAUGGAAUGCGACGGAGUUUUUCAAACAUAUACAUCCCAACACGCCUUACCUUCAUCAACUGCCGUGCAGCUGGGGAUCUGUUUUCUUCCCUAAACACUGGAGAGAAUUCUACGUGUACAUGAACAUGAGAUUCACGGAAAAUGCGAAAGAAAAUCCGGUUCAAAUUCCGAAAUCAAGAACCAACGGAUGGCAAGCUUCUUGGAAGAAGUUUUUGAUCGAUUUGAUGUACCUGAGAGGAUAUGUAAGUCUUUAUCCAAACUUUCCUAACCAAGCAAGUUUCUCGACGAACCAUAUGGAACCGGGCGCUCACAUUAGUGCGAAGGACAACAUUGUUAAGCAUGACAAGACCGAUUUCGAAGUGCCGUUGCUGAUGGAAGAUUUCCGGGGGUUCUUACCUGGUAAUAAAUUGCCUUCGGCUUCAAAACUACCGGCUGUGAAUCUAUUUAACCAAGCGCUAUCUCUUAAAAGAAUGAAGACUGCGGGAGCAAAACUAGGACAAGAUGUUAUCAGUUGUGACAGUGCGACAGAAGUUGUUGCUGUUGAUCAUGAAACUGGUUUGCCUAGUCAUUGCGCCAAGUUCUGAUUUGUUACAUUGCUUCCGAAUUCUUUGUUGUGUAUCUUCUUCAUGUAGAAUUGUCUGAAAACCAAGAGCAUUGAAUUUGCAACAACAAGACCCAGUGAAAAAAAUGAAAAUGAAAAAGAAAAUGAAAAAAUAUUGUAUCU